AUGGCUGGAUGGCCGGCAACAAACAACCAGAAGAUGGAUUCUAGAGCUAUGAAAGAGAAUGAUAUGUGGUUGGGUCCCUUGCUUUCUCCAAAUUCUGGUGACUUAUUGCAGAAUUGUGAUCUGCCUCCACCAUUGAAGGUUUUUUCUUGGUCAGAUAGGACUGUCAUAUCAUCGAUGAAUAGAGGUUUUAGCAUGACGAGAAGGGAACCUGAUCGUGAUGAUUUUGAUGUGUAUAGUGGUUCUGGUGGUGAGAAUUAUGAGAAGUUGGAGCUUCUGAAGGCAUUAAGGUUGUCACAGACAAGAGCAAGGGAAGCUGAGAGGAAGGCUGCAAGUUUGGUUAAGGAGAGGGAUUGUGUUGCCAAAGCUUUGUUGCAUGAGUCCUUUCAGUUAUUUGUUUAUCGCCAAUGGGUGAGGCUGCUUGAGCUUCAAGUUUUGAAGGCACAAACACAACGUCAACAGCAAGAAAAGAAAUUGUGUUGUGGUUGUGGUAGAUCAAAGGAGGCGAAAGACCAUUCAGAAGAAGAAGAGGCUCUUUGUGAUGGGAGCAGGGAGUCUUGGAUUUGUGUGGCUUUGACAUUUUGUAUGGGCAUUGUUGGUUUAGGACUUGCCUUUGGUUGCUGUUAUUUCUUAUGA